GUCGGUUUUUCACUUCCGGUCUAUGGCAACAAGUUAAUUUGUUAUUACUUAUUUUAUCGCUAUAUAUCUUACAAUGUCAGACUUCCUCAAAGCUCUACAGGCAAAAUCUGCUAUGCGAAAGUACCUUUUAGCAAAACAGAUGAGACUCGCAAGUCCCGACCAUUUAAGAACAACUCUUAAUAGCUCGACUGACUUGAAAGAAAUCGAAAUCGAAAGCAAAUGUAGAAGUACUGGCGAACCGAAAAAUUAUGUUUUAACUAAAGAUCAGAAGUCGAUAAAGCCAAAAGAUAAUGAUGAUGAUGUGAAUGAAGAGGAUAAAGAAAAAAUUUACACAGAUUCAACAGCCUUCCUUAAAGGUACCCAGUCAGAGAAUCCACAUAAUGACUAUUGCCAAUAUUUUGUCGAUUCCGGAUACAGACCACAAAAUUUUAUUCGCGAUGUUGGAUUAGCCAACCGUUUUGAAGAAUAUCCAAAACUAAGAGAAUUGAUUAGGCUUAAGGACGAACUUAUUUCCAAGACAAAUGUUUCUCCGCAGUAUAUGAAUUGUGAUCUAGAAGUAUUCGAUCUAGCAGAAUUAGACUCAAAAUUUGAUGUUAUAUUGAUUGAGCCCCCUCUAGAGGAGAUGACCAGAAUGUGUGGAGCUGUGUGUGAUAAAUACUGGAAUUGGGAAGAAGUCGAAAGGUUGGAAAUUGAUCAGAUAGCAGCUCAGAGAUCCUUUUGUUGGAUUUGGUGCGGUUCUAGUGAUGGUUUGGAUGCUGCUAGGCGAUGUUUUAAAAAGUGGGGUUUUAGAAGAUGUGAAGAUAUCUGUUGGAUUAAAACUAAUAAAGAGAAAAGAGGAGGCUUAUCUACACAGUUGGAAGGCAAUAGUAUUUUUCAAAGAACGAAAGAACAUUGUUUAAUGGGUAUAAAAGGAACAGUUCGAAGAUCUCACGACGGCGAUUUUAUUCAUGCAAACGUUGAUAUCGAUCUGAUUAUUGAUGAGGAGCCUGAAUGGGGUUCUCGUGAAAAACCGGUAGAAAUUUUUCAUAUAAUCGAACACUUUUGCUUAGGCAGGAGACGCCUGCAUGUUUUCGGUCGAGAUUCAACCAUCCGGCCAGGAUGGGUAACUGUUGGUCCAGAAGUCACUAGUUCAAAUUACGACCCUGUGUCUUAUAAACAACACUUUACUGCAACAGAGACAUCUUAUCUAACUGGGUGCUCCGAAGAAAUAGAAAGAAUGAGACCAAAAUCCCCACCGGCUAAAAUAGCAAAGACUGCCUCGACAAAUGCUCCUAGAGGGGGAGGACGGGGAGGUUUCACUCAAGUUCCCAGAUCUAGGCCAUGAUGUCUUUUGAUAUUUUAAAUUAGAGUUUUUUUAUCAUUAUAAUAAGUAGCAUUUAACUCUUGUAUUGUUGUUUUCUCUCUUUUUUUGCUAAGAAUAAAACUUUUUUGUUAUUGUCGUAGGAAAUGAAAUAUUUUUAAAGUCUACAUUGUUUUGAGGUAAACAAACAUCCUUUGAAUUGAUAAAGAUAAAAGAAUUAUGAAAGUUCGAAAGAAGAAAGCCGUAUAAUAAUAUAAUAAGUAGCACAGGAAAUCAAGCAUUAUGAUGGCAGCCUACUCUAGAGAACCGAUAGUUUAUGCAAUUUGGUAAAUUGAAUACAAAAUCGUGUCAAGUGGAUUUAAGGGAAGAAUAAAGUGUACUUGUGGGGAUAAAUAUAUGCUAACAACCUGCCAUCACCUUAUUGAUUACUACACUUUAUAUAAUUAUAGUAAAAAAAAAUUGGAAGGGAUAUUGCUUUAUUCUAAAACAAUGUUGUAUAUUGAAUGUAGGUGUAAUAUUUUAAGUAUAUCCAUAAUUCGCGUAAUUGUUGAGCUGUAAUUUGUAAUGAAGAGUGAUUCUUGUCUGGAAGUCUACGUUUGAACAUUAUUCGAAACCUGGAAAACUUUUUAUUUGCUCCAUUUAACGGACUAGCGAUGAUUGCAGUAUGCCAAAUUCUAAAUGGAAAUUCCUGGACAAAUGAUUGAUAUGGUUUCCUUAGAACAAUUAAUAAUCGAUCUAUAUGAGAAGUUAUAGAGCAUCCAAUAGCUUUACCUGUCAUAUUCCAUACCGUUUAUGCUUUAAAAGUGUAUGAAUUAUUUGCAGAGGAUGGAAUUAUUUUGAGAUGAAAUGAACUCAUUUAUUUUAUGAGGGAAGAAAAAAUAAGAUAUAAAGAAUGUAUGUACUAUGAUAGUUUGCCCUAACAAUAAACCCCAAUGAGGAAAGUAUCGAUUCUGGUGGAAAACUCGGAUGCUAGAAAGAAUACUUUCACCCUGCUUUAUAUAUAAUGUGUGAUAAUUAGUAUUAAAUUAAUGGGUGAGGAUAAUAUCAGACCUAAAAGUGGAUAUUAGAGUAGAGCUCAUUAAAUUAGAAUAAAGUGCUGGAGAUUACUUUCUUAAGAAUUUCGAUUGGUCUCACUACUAUAGAUUUGUAGUAUUUAUUCAUUUAAUCGGUUUUAUAAUCAUUGCCGGUAUAAUGUGCGAAAUUAGAAACUUUAAAUUUGGUAAACUGUCUAAGCCGGAAAAUAUUAGAGAAUUAAGGCUAAAUGUUGGCUCCUUGAAACAGCCGGAAGUUGAUGUAACAACCAACCUAUGAUGUAAUCCAAAUAGUUAAUUACUGAAAAAAUUGGAAAGGAAAGGAAAAAAAAAAUAAGCCAAUUAGAUAUUGAAAAAAACAUCCAAUGAAGAAUUUCUUAUUCUUUUAUUAAUAUAUUUGUAUUACAUGUUUUUUGUAAUUUCAUUUCCU